AGCCUUUUUGUUCGGACGAAUGGCAGGAGCAUGGUGCUAGCGCAGCUGGGGAAACUCGAACUCGAUCGCACCAUCCCGGCGCGCUGCCGUGCCGUGACUCUCCUCGAUUCCUCCUCCCUCGCCGGCCGGCCCCACCGGCGGCGUCGUGACCCCGGCCUCUGCCGUCGCCGUCCCUCGUCGCGUGCGCGUCAACGUCGUUCAUCCAUCCGUUCAUCCUCUUCUUGCUUCCGUGGCGGCCGCCCGUCGCGGCAACAAAUACCCAGGACCUCCGUGCUUCCAUGACCCACCGUUGCUCCACCACGGCAACUGGGACUGCGAGCACGCCUGGUACCUGAUCGAUGACGACGACGGCGGAGGCGGCAGGGCCGGGGCCGCGGCCGCGGCCGCGCCUCCUCGGGCCAGCCGGACCCCGCUCGCUCUUCCAUCGCCGCCUCUGCUCCCGUUGCUUCCUCGUCGUCUUCCUGCUCGCCGCCUGCGCGUCCUCCGCCUCCGGCUCCGGCUCCGGGCGGGUGGUGACCAGCCUCCCUGGCUUCGACGGGCCCCUCCCCUUCCACCUCGAAACAGGGUACGUGGAGGUGGACAGGCAGAACGGCGCCGAGCUCUUCUACUACUUCGUCCAGUCCGAGUCCGGCGCCGCCGCCGCACCUUUCCUCCUCUGGCUCACCGGCGGCGAUCGCUGCACCGUCUUCAGCGGCCUCGCCUACGAGAUCGGUCCCAUCAGGUUCAUCGUUGAGCCCUACGACGGCACGAUGCCGCGCCUGCGAUACAACCAAAACUCGUGGGCCAAGGUGUCACAUAUCCUAUUUGUUGAUUCGCCGGUUGGGGCUGGGUUUUCCUUCUCCAGAGAUCCUAAAGGCUAUGAUGUUGGAGACAUCUCAUCCACACUGCAACUAUAUGAUUUCCUUAUCAAGUGGUUUAAUGACCAUCCUGAGUUCCUCGCGAAUCCUUUCUAUAUUGGUGGAGACUCCUACGCUGGAAAAAUUGUGCCUUUUCUUGCGCAGAUUAUUUCAGAAGGUAUUGAAGCAGGAAGGACCCUUCCUAAUCUCAAGGGCUAUCUAGUGGGUAACCCGCGCACAGGAGAAAUUAUUGAUUUUAGCUCUAGAGUGCCUUAUGCUCAUGGAUUUGGUAUUAUUUCAGAUCAACUUUAUGAGACAAUACUGAGGCAUUGCCAAGGACAGGACUACAUUAACCCUGGAAAUGCUGGAAAUGCGCUCUGUGCUCAGGCUCUGAAUACUUUCAGUGAUCUCGUCGAUGAAGUUGAGCCGGCCCAGGUUCUGGUGGACAAGUGCGUCUACGCAUCUGCUGUACCAUAUGCUAACAGCAAGACGGACGGCUCGGAUGGUAGAAGGAUUCUUGGGGAGGAAUUGGAAACAGGGAAGCUGAAGCACCCCCCAGCUCGACCCCCAUUUGGCUGCAUUAGUUACGGCUACUACCUGUCGUACUUUUGGGCGAACGAUAAACGCACCCGAGAAGCUCUUGGGAUCAAGAAGGGAACUGUGGACGAGUGGGUGAGAUGCCACGAUAAAGAGUUGCCCUACACAGGCGAUCUCAGCAGUGUCAUCAAGUACCACCGGAACCUGACGUCCAGAGGUUACCGCGCGCUGGUCUACAGCGGCGACCAUGACCUGCUGUUGCCGCACCUGGGAACGCAGGCGUGGGUCAGGUCGCUUAACUUCUCCAUCGUUGACGACUGGAGGGCGUGGCAUCUAGGAGGCCAAUCCGCCGGGUUCACGAUAAGCUAUUCAAACAACAUGACAUUCGCGACGAUCAAGGGUGCUGGGCAUACGGCACCAGAGUACGAGCCGGAGAGAUGUUUUGCCAUGUUCAGACGCUGGAUACUCAACCGUCCACUCUAAGUAUCCACUCGUAUCUUGGUCGACGGCACUCAUGUAUUGUAGGGCUUUACUGGAAUGCGGAGUCCAAUUGAUAGGUGGGGAGGAAUGGAUGAUUGUUAUGACUCGGCAGAUGAUUCAUGUGUAAAACUCUUUGGUGGUCGAUGACUGAAAUACUUGUCUCUGGUAUUUGGCUGUAUAGUCAUUCGCAUGUGAAUGAUCAAAGGUCGGACCUUUUUCCAUAAUCUAAAUAAAGUCUCUGGUAUACUUCGUUAA